AGUGGCAGAGGAGGAGCAGCGACGGCAUGGAAUUGGAAUUGGUGGGACCGGAGCUGCUGCUGCCGGCGCUGCCAACGUCGACGUCGCGUCAGUUGGUGCGCAGGCGCAGUGUCCGCGAAGCGUUGACCGCCAGGAGUCAGCGGUACAGGAGUGCCGCCCAAGCAGCGAGCCCCGCUCCCGUCUCGGCCCCCACUUCCGCAGCGAAGAGGAACCGACUUCCGCCCCCCGGCACCGGAAACAUCGCCAGGGUGCAGCCCAGCAGUAAUACCACCUCAAGGAUCCGGCGGGAUCGGGAGGCCCAACGGGUGCCAGUGCCCAGGCCACCGCGGCAAAUACUCUCUGCCAGGGCCCUUGGCAUCUCUAAUCCUUAUAAGGAUGACCAGCCCGCCAAGGAGCGACGAUCGGUGACCCAGCGGAGUCGUCGUCCGGAGGUCAAGACCCGGAAUCAGCCCCAUCCAACACCGGCCACCGCCCGACCUUUCAUCGGCGGGAAGUACACUCAGCCGCAGCCACCACCCACUCUCCGAAAAGCUGCCCCCCCUGCAGCGACUCGCAGGACCCGCCCAUGCCUGCGAACCGUCCGCGCCAAGGUCGACUCGUACCUGUGCCCCCACCUCUCCAGGUCACCAAGCCCACCCCCUCAGCCCGCUCGAUCCGCUCAGCCCAUGAAGAAGAAAUCCAUGGCGGAGGCCCAUCAGCAGUUGGAGCUGCUGCUCUCGCGGAUCGAGCGGUCCGGCGACUAUCAGCCACCCCCUCCGCCCGCUGACCUGGCCAGGAGAAGGGGCGGGACCAAGGUCGCCAAGGGGGCGAGCCGCCAGAUGGCGCAACCACCACCAGUGCCAGCUGGUUCUCCAAUGCUUAGCGCACGGAGGAACUACAGUGGGUCAAGAUCUUAUUCGAGGAUCGCCACGGAAUCGCUGGAGCAGCAGGACGGCGAUCACCUGCCCCAUGUCGUACCGCUCGUCCAGAAUCCGCAGUGUCUGCCGCCGGAGAAGCGGGAUGCGCUGCUGGAGCUUCUGCAGCGAGCCGGGCAGCACGACAAGGGCAUCGUGGACAUUGUGGGCAGCUCCACCGGAGAUCCCUCCCGAGACACCAUGCUCAUGCUGCUCCAGAUGCUACCCCUCAGCCUGGACGAGUCCCCUUACAAGGAGAAGUUCUGGGAGGGACAUCACUAUCUGAAGGAGCGUCAAAAGCUGCGCCAGAAACUCCCUCCCGGUGACGAGCGCCUCAAGGAGGUGAAGGUCCUGCGAGGCCCCGAUGGCCGGAUGUUCUUCUCCCGCACUCUGGAGGAGGAGCUGAAGGACGAGAAGAAGGUGCUGGAUUUCAUGGAGGCGGAGCUUCGAAAGCAGGGACCAGGACGGAAUGAGCCAGGCGGGAAUUUACUGGGGCAAUCCUUGGAUUAUCAUCCGCUGAAUGAGCGGCAGGAGCAGGCGUUACGGGAGCGAAUGGAGCUGGAGCGGGAAAAGCAGCUGGUUAUCAACUGUCGGGAGCAGCGACGCCAGAAAGAUCAGCUAAAGGAGCAGAAUAGUUCAUGGGGUGCUGGAGGAGCUCCUUCCGUGGAGCAACCCUCUCAUCUUCGAGAGAUUCAAUCCGAGAAUCCCAAUUCCACUACACCCGCUGAUCCGUGGAAGCAGAUCCUCCAGGAUCGGAACCGCUUUCAAGCCCACUGCAAUCUCAGCUGUUUCUACAACAAUUCUCGCAGCUCAGCACCUUGGAAAAUAUAUGCCAAAGUGGCCAGCAAGCUCAGUUCGCAGCUUAUCGAAAGUGUGGACGUUGAAUUUCAUCGCAGCGUGGCUAAUUAUAUCAAAGACUUUGUAGCCUACAAAUGCAACACCAAAUAGGUACACCUAGCAUCAGCGACUUUCCUCAUCACUGCCCAACUUAUCACAUUUUACAGAAGUGGACCCAGAGUUUUUACAAUUUACUACUCUUUCAUUGUAGCUUUAAAGCUAUAUUUAUCCUGCCACAAAUUGACAAAUUGUAAGUGUAGUACAAAUUGAAUAUUUAAAAAAUUGUAUAGAAAAAAA